UGUAUCUUGAUGGGCGUGAUGGAAUCGUAUCAAAGCGUUGGAUUGACGGAAGCAUUGGCGUUAUUGUUGUGACGAUUCCCUCAAGACAAAUUGUAGACAAGGCACCCGAUAAUAUUGGGGUCGCGACGAAAAUAAAUGGCGGUAGCGAAGCGGACUUCAGUAGGCGGCAGCCGGCGCACGCGCCGACCGCGCGCUUAGAUCCAACGGGAUUCGAAUUUGCCGGCUCAUUUACUAUCCCUGCGCUAUAAUUAACCGCUGCUAGUUAAUCUGAAUGUUCCAAUACAAAAAUAAGUGCUAUCUAUCUAGAGAGUGAUGUGAAAUCCUUUUAGUGUGCGCUAUUUUUGACCUCGAAAUAAAUAGUUCCGCACAGGAAGUAAAUGUAAAUAAUUUAACUCGGACGUCAUUUCUUCAAAAUGAAUCCUCCAUCAGCGCUAGCAGGCGCCAUGAAUAGAGACCGUAAGCCCUUUACAUAUACACCAGGAGGGUUGGAUCUAUCGGAGAUUAAGUCUGAACGUAUGGCAAAACGACUCAUGAGAAAUGCCAUGAAUCAAGGUGUACCAGAAACGCCAGUACAUACUGUACAAUCCCCACCGCCAAGCGCCGCGCCAAUGGCUAUACCCAAUUUCAACUGUUUACCGGUUCAAGUUUUCCCAACUUUUAAUUUACCAGCAAAUCCAAAAUCAUUGCUCAGAUCUAGAAGUAAUCCGGAUCCAAACGAAAAACCAUUUAUGAAAACGGAUAAACAACCAUAUAAAGAAUCAACAAAUCAUAGUGUGUUGAACAAAGUUAUAGGAAAUAAUCAAAGAUUUCCAACAAAACACGAUGAAUAUAAUGUAAAUUGUAAUUAUAAUACCCCUGCCAAUUAUGGAAGCGUUGCACAAACAAUGCCUAAUCUAUUAAGCAAUGAUGAAUCGGAUAAAAUACAAAUGGAUGCAUCACAACCUAGCUUCGAAUUUGAUAAACCAAAAAUCUAUGAAAACAUAAGGCCAGUGUAUUUCAAUAUGCCGCCAAUGGUUUCAACUAAUAUACAAACAGACUAUAAUAGUAACAUUUCAUCAACAUUGCCCAUUUAUAUGGAAGAAAAUGAGCAAACUGAAAACAAAAAGGAAGAAGUCUCAGUUGUGAAGAAAGUUUCUAAAACUGAGGAUAGUUCACAAAAACAAAAUGGUGACAUAGAAGCAGCUGUCACUGUAAAAUUGCCUACAAAAAAAUCAGAAGCAAAAACUGAAACUAAAGUUGAAGUUGUAAAAAAGACAUUACCCGAUGGAUCAAUUCAAGAAGUGAAAACAACGACAACAAAGACUACUAUUGAUGGAAAAACUCAAAUCACUACUGAAACUGAAACUACAACAUUUCCAAAAGACUAUGACGAAGAAGGGGAGUAUGAAGUAGAAGAAGAAGAAAUAGCAGAAGAAUCUAAUGAACAAAAAGUUCAUGAAUACACAGAAGAUACUGAAAAAGAUAUAGCUGAACAAAAACAAAGUGAAAAUAAAAUUGCCAAAGAAGUAAAUGGGCAAGAUACUCUUGAUGAUAUUAAAAGCAAUGAAAGCGAAGAAAAGAUUGUUAAGCAAAAUGGACAAUUAAUUACGCAAGAAGAACAACACGAAUCUAGUACAACAAAAAAAGUUAUAAUAUCACAAUCUGAAACUCCAGAGUCCGAAGAAGAAAUAGAAGAAGAAUGUGGUAAUGAUGGACAAGACAAUGAAGAUGUAAGUGUUGAACAAGUGAUUGUUUUGAAGCAAUCUAAAGAGUCUAGUGAAACAGUUCAAGUUGGAGAUAAGGAAGAAGAAAAUAACGAAGAUAAGAAAGUGGUGGAAAAAAUUGAGACUCAAGAAAACGCUAAAAGUCCAGAAAGCGAAAAUGAAACGGUAAAAAAUGUAACAGAAGAAAUAGAAAGUGAAAAAGAAGAAGAAAUUGAAGAAGAGGAGGUAGAAGAAGAAGAAGAGAUCAGUGAAAACUAUGAAGAGGUAGAAAAAACUGAAAAACCAUCUCAAGAAAAACAAACAGAGGAUGUUGAGGAGGAAGAAGUUGAAGAAGAAUACGAAGAAGCUGAAGAUACUGAGGUACCUGAAGGCACUGAGGCACUGAAAGAAACAGAGACGAAAGAAAUAACCAAAGAAGUAACAAAAGAAGAUGAACCAUCUGAAACGGAAAUUGUUGUAGACGAUAAAAAAGAGGACUUGCCACUAGAGAAAGAAGAAAAGAAGGAGUCAGAAUUAGAGGUUAGGAACAUACCGAUAAAGGUAAUAUCCGAAGCAGACAAUGAAGUCAAAGAGACGCAAGAGCAAGACAAAAAAGAAGAAACUCAAUCCUUAUCAUCUUCAAUAAAUAUUCCCUUAAGAGAACCAUCAAUACCAUUAGAAAAGGUUGAAGAAGUUGAAAUAAAGCCCAUUGGGCCCGCUAAAGAAGUAAUUACUAAAACGCAUACAGAAAUUAUUACAAAAACAACCGACAAACCUGUAGGGACACAUAGCACUCAAACAGAAUACAAUAUUGUAGAAAAUAUUGUUACUGUCAAUCGAACGACUAAAACAUUAGACCACGCUUAUGAAGAAAUUCCUGAUAAUGUUCCAACAAUUAGAACAUUUGUACCACCAAGCUUAGAUAGGAAUUUGAUAUCUCCACAAUCUGUGUAUAAACCGUAUCAACCAGUAUUUACAUCUGAACCUCAAACUGAAAGACGGCACAGUUUGUUACUGGAUAGAAUAAGUGUCGACCGACAAAUGCCUUCUGACAUAUAUCAAAAUACAUAUCAAAGUAAUCAGUCGUUUGAAGAAAGACAAUGGUCCCAAGAGCCGCAAUCAGAAGUUUUAACAGUAAGCAACGUCAAACCAAGCACUAUAAGCAAAAACCAACAAUGGUACCAAAGAAAUGAAAACGACAUGUCUUAUCCUGCUUCUGCACCGUUAUCUGAUUCAUAUGCUAAUCAAUGGCAAACUCAAUCGCAAUACAAAUCACAAACACAAUCUCAACAAAAUUAUCAACCAAAACCGCAGACACAGCCUCCAGUACAACAAAUUUAUCAGCCUCAACCGCGAGUACAGCCUUCUCCCCAGCCAGUUUAUCAAUCAGCUCCACAACGUAUUUCACAACCUGUGUAUCAACCUCAACCUCAAUUUCAAACUUCUUCGCAGCCAAUAUAUCAGCAAACCUCUCAGCCAAUUUAUCAAUCAGAAACACAAUCUAAUUCUCAAACAACUUAUCAGACACAAGCUCCUGUUCAAAAAUUGUAUCAACAAGAACCACAGUAUCAACCAUCUUAUUUAGAAAACUCUUCACAAUCAACAUAUAAAUUCAGUUCAAACAAUUAUCAAACUUCACAACCAUCAUACACUCCUAAACCCAUGUGGACAGGAAAGAGCUUUGACUCUCAGUCUGUAUCGAAUUCGGAGUCAAAUCAAUAUUCUUAUCAAAAUAAAGAAUCCACAGAAACAAUACAGAAGUCAACUCAGCUUUCAUCGUCUUACGUACCUCCUCCUUGGGAACAAGAUUCAAAUUAUGUAGCCAAUAAUUCAUCUCAAAAUUAUUAUCAAACCUCCCCACCAAAAGCGACAACUACUGUUAAUAAAGGAUGGACACCAUCGCCAUCAAAACCAAUCUCCAAAUUUUCGAAACACACACCAACGUCCUAUGUUCCACCUGCACCUAACCAAUCCUUCGUAAAGCCUGUUAACACUGCAGAUGCUCCUAAACAACCAGGACGUAAGACGUACUACAGCGAGUAUGAAAGACGUUACAUAUCUGUACCAGAAACUACAUAUAUACCUCACGAAACUAAGUUUCAACCUCAACCUGACCCAUCACCCCAAUACUACUAUGACAAUAAUGAGCCUGUGGAAGAAGUUGAACCUCAGUGGCGUAAAGAACUGAGAGAAUUUAAAGAACAGUCGUCUAAAACGACAGUACAAACGGAACAGACUACUGUACGACCACCAUGGGAAGAAGAUCCGAAAUACGCAGCGCCCAAAGAUUUUACACCGACUCCAACAUGGACACAAACAUUAAAACCCAGGUCAUGGCGCGAAAGAAGUUACGAACCGGAGUAUAUUGGGUCUCAGGAGUGGCCAAAAACAAAUACAUUAGGACGUGGGCGACCUCAAAGUUCUUACAUUAAGGGUAACAUUGAUAGAGUGCCUGACAGAACGAGAGGUGUAUCUGUAGAUAGAUAUAAUCCCAAUAACUAUCAAUCUCCAUUAACGAGGGAGCAUCCACCACCGGCUAGUCACAUUUUGGAUCCAAUUGUUCAAGGAAAAACAUAUCACAAUCCCAAUGUGCCUGGAUAUCACUCCAGAGCUUCAGCAGAACCUGGAGAGCCGCCAGUUACUUACCAACAACCAAGGCAGAGAGAGUCAAGAGCCACGCCUGUCCAAUCACGAUCCUUUAAAUACCUCCAAUGGAUUACUGGCACAGAGGAUUAGCCAUAUUAUUAUAUAAAAUAUUAGUUUUAAUUCGAAAUACCGAUCGUACUUAAAAUACUAAACUGAUAUGGUUAAGUUUGUUAUAAUCUAUCGGAACUGUUUAUAUAAACUCUUUUUUAAUUUAUUAACUCAUAUUCUUUUCAUACGUGUCUUUAUAUCAGAUUUUGGAAAUGUAGUUUAGUAUAGUUUCAGUACAUUAUAAAUUUAAGUUCAUUAUCUGCAUCAUCUAAUCAUAGAUGGAAACGGCUCAAUUCUACGAUUCGAAUUUCACAUAAGCAAAAGUGAUGAAGAUAGUCAUUAAAAAGCGUAUGUUUUUAUAAAAUUAUAAUAAUAAUUACACAAAAAUAGCUAUUGCAAAUAUUAGGCACAUACACAUAGACAUUUUACUGUGUCUAACGUCAGUGUGUGCUUAAUUAAAUUAAUAAACGAAUAAUGCAUCUAGUUCAUAAUAUAAAAAUAUAAUAAUAUAACAACAUAGUUACCAAAUAUCAGUAGUCUUUGUAAUAUUGUGAUAAUUUGUUAUUUAUCAGCUAACCUAGUCAUAUUUAUUUCUUAUACUAUUUCAUAAAAACUUUCAUUAUUUUAGAUAACAAUUUGGUUAAUAUGAAACAUUACGUGCUUUACUUAAAUAAAGCACGUUUUAUGUUGAUUGAAACAUCAUAAACAAAACAUAUAACAUAAAUUUAUAAAUCAUAAAUUUAAUAAAACACUAAAAGUCCAUUGUUAAACUUAUUUUAAAUGUAUUUUUUUGCCUCAGUUUAUUUUAUAACUUGGUUAUGAUUUGAAUUUAACAUAGUGUAUGACAUCUUUUUUAAUAAAUGCAUAAAUCAUGUAA